ACGAUAGCAGAGUACGAGGAGGAACUUUCUCGUUCAAACGAGCAGAACGAGCGACAACAGAAACUAAUGGACGCUGUUUUCAACCCUCAGCUGCGGUUACACAGAGCAGACGUCCAGCAGCUGUUGGUGGUUAAAGAAGAGGUUCCCCCUGAGCAGCAGGAGUGGAGCUCCAGUCUGGACCAGGAGGACCCAGAACCCCCACACAUUAAAGAGGAACCGGUGGGAAUCUGGACCAGUCGGGAGGGAGAGCAGCUUCAAGGUCUGGAGGAGGCUGAUGUCAAGCUCUCAUUCACUCCUGUGAAGAGUGAAGAUGAUGAAGAGGAAGCUCAGUCCUCACAGCUUCAUCAAAGACAAACUGAACAGAUGGAAACAGAAGCUGAUGGAGAGGACUGUGGAGGACCAGAACCAGACAGAAACUUAGAUCCAGAGAGACAUCCAGAACCAGAUACUGAUGACAAGACUGGAGACUCUUCUGACAGUGAUGACAGUGAUGAUUGGAAGGAGACCAGAGAACCUCAGUCAGGUUUAAACUCUGUGAAACCUGAUGAAGUCCUUGUCAGUGAUUCAAGAUGUAGUGCUGGUGAGAAACAUUUUAGAUGCUCUGAGUGUGAGAAAACAUUUGGCACCAGAGGAAAUCUGAAGAAACACAUGAGAAUCCACACAGGAGAGAAACCUUACAGCUGCUCAGUCUGUAGGAAAUCUUUUAACCAUGGUUCACAUUUACAGAGACACAUGAGAAUCCACACGGGAGAGAAACCUUUCAGCUGCUCAGUGUGCGGUAAAUGUUUCGUUGACAAUGGAGAUUUAAAGAAACACUUGAGAACCCACACGGGAGAGAAACCUUUCAGCUGCUCAGUUUGUAAUAAGACUUUUACACAGAGUGGAGGUUUGAAGGAACACAUGACAAUCCACACAGGAGAGAAACCUUACAGCUGCUCAGUUUGUGAUAAAAGAUUUAGGCGCAACAGAGAUCUAACGGUACACAUGAAAACUCACACAGGAAAUAAUCCCCUUUAGCCCUUUUACCCAAUCAGCCCUCCACAUAUCCCUUCGAGCGGUGGGCCCAUAGGGCGGCUGCUCAAUGUAGAUUU